GGGGGGAGAGGCAGGAGCGCUGGGCUGCAGGCAGACGGGCGGGGGCAGUCGCUGACUCAAAGCUGACGGCGGAUUUUCCUCCAGGCAGCCCGGGCUCUGGCUCAGCACAUCCGCGGCUCUCAUGCCCUCAGCCUCAUGAUUCAUCCCCCAGGCGGCUCAAAAGCUCCGGCAGCCUCAGCCCCGGGCUCCAGCCCUCGCCGCCUCCCCACCCCUGCAGACCGGCCUCGGAGAACAUGCAGGGGCUCCGCCUGGCUCUGCGGACCCUCGUGCUGGCGCUGUGCGCGGCGGGACUCCAGGGGAACAUCUGUACCACUCGCGGGGUGAAUUCCUGCAGGCAGUGUCUGGCCGUGAGCCCGCUGUGUGCAUGGUGCUCCAAGGAGGACUUGAGGCAGGGAACCCCUCGCUGUGACCUGAAAACGAACCUCCUCCAAAAUGGCUGCACGCGGGAUUUCAUAGAGUACCCAGUCAGCAGCACGGAAAUCCUAGAGGACAAGCCGCUCAGUAACACCGGCUCUGGACAGACUGUCGCCACCCAAAUGAGCCCUCAGAAAAUUAAACUGCACCUGCGACCAGAUGACUCCCAGAUCUUCUCCGUCCAAGUGCGGCAGGUGGAGGACUAUCCAGUAGACAUCUACUACCUGAUGGAUCUGUCCAAUUCCAUGAAGGACGAUCUCCACAACAUCCAGAGCCUGGGCACCAAGCUAGCCACCGAGAUGCGCAAGCUGACCAGCAACCUGCGGAUUGGCUUCGGGGCCUUUGUGGACAAGCCCAUCUCGCCGUACAUGUACAUCUCCCCGCAAGAAGCCAUCGACAACCCAUGCUACGAGAUCCACCAAACUUGCCUGCCCAUGUUCGGCUACAAACACGUCCUGACGCUCACGGACGAGGUGACCCGCUUCAACGAGGAGGUGCGCAAGCAGAGCGUCUCGCGGAACCGCGACGCGCCCGAAGGGGGGUUUGAUGCCAUCAUCCAAGCGACCGUCUGUGACGAGAAGAUUGGCUGGAGGAACGAUGCUAGUCACCUGCUGGUGUUCACGACAGACGCCAAGACCCACAUCGCUCUGGACGGGAGGCUGGCGGGGAUCAUACAGCCCAACGACGGGCAGUGCCAUAUUGACAAGGAUAAUCUCUACUCGGCUUCCACCACGCUGGACUAUCCCUCGCUGGGCCUGAUGACUGAGAAACUCUCCCAGAAAAACAUCAACUUGAUCUUUGCCGUGACGCAGAGCGUGGUCGGCCUCUACAAGAACUACAGCGAGCUGAUUCCCGGCACCACCGUGGGGACCCUGUCCAGCGACUCCAGCAACGUCUUGCAGCUCAUUCUGGACUCCUAUGGGAAAAUCCGCUCCAAGGUGGAGCUGGAGGUGCGAGACCUGCCCGAGGAGCUGUCCCUCUCCUUCAACGCCACCUGCCUCAACAACGAGGUCAUCCAGGGACUCAAGUCCUGCGUGGGACUCAAGAUAGGAGACACGGUGAGCUUCAACAUCGAGGCCAAGGUGCGGGGCUGCCCGCAGCAGCAGGAGAAAUCCUUCACCAUCAAGCCCGUGGGCUUCAAGGAUAGCCUGACGGUGCUGGUGAACUUCGAGUGCAACUGCACCUGCCAGGAGCACGCCGAGCCCGACAGCCCCGCCUGCCACCAAGGCAAUGGCACCUUCGAGUGCGGCGUGUGCCGCUGCUCCCCGGGCCGGCUGGGCUCCCGCUGCGAGUGCUCUGAGGAGGAGUACAGCCCCAUGCAGCAGGACAACUGCAGCCCCGGCGCGGGGCAGCCCCUGUGCAGCCAGCGGGGCGAGUGCCUCUGCGGCCAGUGCGUCUGCCACGCCAGCGACUUCGGCAAGGUGACCGGCAAGUACUGCGAGUGCGACGACUUCUCCUGCGUCCGCUUCAAGGGCGAGAUGUGCUCGGGCCAUGGGCAGUGCAGCUGCGGGGACUGCCUCUGUGACUCAGACUGGACCGGGGAGUAUUGCAACUGCACCACGCGCACCGACACCUGCGUGUCCAGCAACGACCUGGUGUGCAGUGGGCACGGUCACUGCCAGUGCGGGAAAUGCGAGUGCACCCAGGCCGGCUCCUACGGGGACACCUGCGAAAAGUGCCCCACCUGCCCCGACGCCUGCACCAUCAAGAAGGACUGCGUGGAGUGUAAGAUGUUCGAGAGGGGGACGCUGAUGGAGCAGCAAACCUGCAGCUACAUCUGCCGUGACGAGAUCAAGUCGGUGCAGGAACUCGGUGAUACAGGUAAAGACGCAGUGAACUGUACCUACAAGGAUGAGAAGGACUGCGUGGUGCGGUUUCAGUAUUAUGAGGACUCCAGCGGGAAAUCCAUCCUCUACGUCAUUGAGGAGCCAGACUGUCCCAAGGGGCCGGACAUCCUGAUGGUUCUGCUCCCGGUGGUGGGGGCCAUCCUGCUCAUCGGCCUGGUCGCCCUUUUCAUCUGGAAGCUCCUGAUCACUGUCCACGACCGACGGGAGUUCGCCAAGUUCGAGGAAGAGAGGGCACGGGCGAAAUGGGACACGGCCAACAACCCCUUAUACAAAGGCGCCACCUCCACCUUCACGAACAUCACAUACCGCGGGAAUUCGUAAGGCGGCCCGCCUUCCCCUCCCCCGGCGCCGGCCCUGGGACCCGCUCCGGAGCAGGGACGUUUCACGUUUAUGGACAGGCCGGCGUGGGCGCGUCUGUGUAAUUGAAUGACGAUCCCUCCAGCUGGCGCCAAGGACCUGGUAUCCAUGUCACUCCACUGUACUGCAGGGCUGGGCCUCUCCAGCCACGCCACUGUCCCGUCACUACCUCGGCAUGCCUGGGGGCAGACCCGGCCUGCCCUUCUGCACACGGAACAAGGAGAAGCCGGCUUCGCCGCGGCGGGCGUGCGGGCCGGCCCGUGGGGACUGGGAGCUCCCUUUGCGAUGGGGGCUGCUCGCGGCUGAGCCUGACGCAGGAUGGAUGAGAACAGCCCGGCCUCAGCCCGGCUCCCUGCCUUUCUCCAGCCAGCAAGGAAAAGCUGUGAACUGCUUGGCCAGGAGUCCCUGUGGGGCACGUUCUGCACACGACUGGCCCUGCCUGGGCGCUGGACCCACCUCCCCCACCGGGCAGCACUGCUCCCCCUCCUGGCCCGCUAGCAGAAAACGCUGCCCUGGAGGGACGCCGGAUCUGCUCCCGGCCCAUCACAGGCUCCCGGCUCUGGCCCGACUGCUUCCUAGGAAGAUAGAAACCAUGCGACCCCGAGAACACCCUGGCCAGGCCAUGUGCUGCUUCCCCCUCCUCUCCCCAUCGCCCCCCUGCUUUUGUACACAAAGCAGAUGAUUGUAGCAUCGGCUCUGCCAGUGCCCCUGCUGGGCCGAGGCCCCUGUGUCAGUUCUCACCCCUGUGACGCAGAGGAGCACAAGGGGCUGUGACACCAGCUCCCCCCAGACCUGCUCUUCCCCAGCCUAGAUCCACCAGGAUUUCCAACCCACAGCAAGUAGCCUGGUAUGUCACACAGAGCCACCCUGUGCCUCGGUUUCCCCCUCUGUACCAUGAUGUUGAUGUGCCUUUGCAAUCCAGCGCUGGGAGGUGCUAGCUAGUGAUCAGGCAAAGAAACGAACAAGGGGUCUCCAGCCACUAGCCUGGGGCCAAAUAUCACUGCAAGGAAGUGGGACACUGGGGAAUCGGCCCCUGGGACACAAUCUCUUUCUCUCUCUCUCUGGAACAGCAGCCAAAGAUUAGGGAGAGCUUCCUACCACGGGGCUAGCGCAAGAGACAUGGGUUCGCCUCCUGAUUCUGCCACUAGCUCCCUGCACGACCUGGACUGUGCCACGCCGGGCCUCAGUUUCCCCAUCUGCCAAAAAUGGGUCUCCUGGCCUGUACCUACCUCUCCAGGGGCUUGCAGGGCUUUGUGAGUGAAUGUUAAAGUGCUUUCACAUCCUCAGCUGGACGGUGUUCCAGCCAGGAUACAUGAGAUUUUCACCCCCACCAGUGGUUUUGGGGGGCAAGGGAAAGGGGAACAUUGUCAGCUUUCCAGGCCUGAGCUGGGGAGCAAAUUCCCCUCCGUGCAGAACAGCAGCCAGGACCUGUUUUCGGGUCGUGCCUGGAACCCCGUGCUGCCCGCGAGUUCUUGGUAUCUACUCUGCAGACCAAGCAGCGGCAGAAUCAGACACGCUGCCCCCUGCCCUGGAUGGGCACCAGCACUGCCCCCUCCUGCCAGGGCAAGGAGCUACCUCCCAGCUCUUCCCUCCUGAGCAGCUGCAACCCCCAGAGCCUGCAGCACAGGGCAGGGAUGGCUGGCACCCAUGUCCAGCUCCCCUUUAGCUACUGUACCCUCCCUUUGCAGUCUAGACAACGUCAACCCAGGCUAGGCGCAAGGAGCCGCCUGAUCUCCCAGAGGCACCUGCAGGGCAAUAGGGGUGGGGCUCUGAUGCCCAUGAGAACAAGGGUAAGAUCCCGAGGGCUGGGGAGAGGAGGGGAGUGUGGGUCUCCCCAGGGCACAUCUGAAAUCGGCCCAACCUCAGACUUUUCAUACAGCACCAAAUAAAAAAGUUUUGCACUAA